AUGGGCCUAUUACUAGACUCUUACUUUGGAGCCUUUAAAACCCCAAAGCAGAGGGCGCUUGCUCCCUUUAUUUGUAAACAUCAAAAAGUUUUAAUAACUGGGGGUUCUAAUGGUUUAGGGUUAUGCUUGACAAAAAGUUUCAGCAAGUUGCUCACGGUGGAGAAGGUAAUCAUUCUCGAUUUGGAACCCCCUGAAGAUACGAUACUAGCAAAUGAGAAAGUCUGUUUUUAUUUUUGUGAUAUAACACAAGUUGAAAUGCUAAAACAAGUACAAAAAAGAAUAGUCAGGGAACAUGGCGACAUUUCAAUUCUCAUUAACAAUGCAGGAAUAACAAAUAUUAAGCCAUUACUGUCGAUGGACGAUGCAGAGAUUACCAGGAUACUUCAAGUAAACUUUCUAGGCGCCUAUAUGGUAACACAGGUGUUUUUGGACAACUUAAUUUCUUUUGGAGAUAGUACUAUCAUUAAUAUUUGUUCGAUCUUAGGUGUUAUCUCGCCAGCAAACUUGACCGCAUACUGCGCUGCCAAAGCAUGUUUAAUUUCAUUUCAUAAAAGCUUGAAAUUAUUAAUGGAACAUUCAGAGACUAUCCAUAUGCCCAGGAAAAUAAAAACUUUGUUAUUGUGCCCGGGAAAAAUACGAACAAAAAUGUUUGAAGAUGUUUCUACUCCGUCAACAUUGUUUGCACCAGAUUUAAGUCCAGAGGAGCUUUCCGAAGAUAUCGUUUGUGCGGUCGAGGGGAGAAACAGAGAACAAAUACUUUCACCGUAUUAUGCCAAUUUGGUCCCACUUUUCCAAAGAUUGGAAUGGCCGUAUUGGCGUCUUUUGAAAAAAUAUAGUGGGAUGAAUGAAGUAACUAACUUGAACUAG